CGAAUGAUAAUGGAAUUGUUUCCAAUAACUGGAGCGAAGCAGUUCCCAAUGGUUUAAGGGGUUGUAAUGUGUCGGUGUUGCCUGAGGUAACGCAGGUGUUGUCCAGAGGAAUCAAGCCUGCCCCUCGAAACGAGACCGAACGAUGACAACCCAAGGAUUCGGAAUGCAGGUGCUCAAAGCAAGACAUGGCGACCAAAAAUUCACAAUUGACAUUGACGAUUGGUUCAACCGCGUGGAACAAGAACCAGGUUAUCUGUUUGGCUACAUGUACGAACAGCAGAUCUCAUAUGUGGAUACAAUUCAGGCUUCGCACACCAAAUUGUCCGAAUACAAGAGCCAGAUGAACGAUAUGACGGAUGAGCUCGAACGAUUGAAAGUUUCCAAGGAGAAAGACAAGAAGCAAAUCGCUGAGUUGAAUGAAAAACUAGCGGCGUCAAAUCGCAAACUUAAGUUAUCCGAAGAUAAUAACAAGAGAUGGGAAACAUACAAGAAUGAAGUCGAGAAAUGGAAGAGUGAGAAGCAGCUGGCGGAAGCAGCACGGGCCGGAAAGGACUCAGCACGCAUCACCGAAUUGAAUAUUGAGGUGGCAUUCCAGAAACAACGAAUUGAAGAGCUGGAAAAGAAAUCAGGUGCGCACGACAUAAUGAAGGACGAGAUUGCUGAUCCGACAGAAGGAACUUUCUGUCCCCCAUCGGAGUACGAAGUGUUCAGCAGUUGGCUACCUGAACCACCGGCGUUAGUUGACGGGGUUGACAUCAAAUUUGCAAAUUGGAAGUAUCUGAUGGAGAUGAAGUUCCGCGAGAAUCAUGAUCACUUCGAUACUCCGGGAUCUCGACUGGCAUAUUUAAUCAGUUGCACAUCUGGUGAAGCCCAGGAUCAGCUACUGACUCGCCUACGGAGUAAAAUCUUGAAAUCGAUAACUGAUGUUCCAGAAGCGCUCGAGUAUUUGGAAAUGGUGUUCCACAAACCGGAGCUGAGAUCGACUGAUGUCCAUGACUUCCGUUUCCCGGGCGAAGACACGGGCAGUUUCUGGAGGUUCUUCAGGGCCUUCGUGUGGAACGCAGUCAAGCACGAACUACUGGAAGAAGACUGGAGCCCAAAGCUUCAUGAAUUCUUGCAGCUGAAACUCGAUAAAGACAUUGGCGACUUCUCCAGCUACCAGGAGGGUACGUCAAAAGAGCUAGCCAAGGAAGUCUUUUUGCGCCUGCUUCGACAGGAGUGGGAUGAUAAUGUCGGGCAGGUUGAACCUGAAAAUGGGCGAGCUAAUGGGCGAACUAAUGGGAAACUUGUCAAGAAUUGAUCGUCGAUGAAGAAUAGGAAUCUUCCUAAGAAGUCGAUGCGAUGCGGAACGAUGGAAGGAAAUGGCAUAAGCAAUGU